AUGGAAACAGCUCCUGAUACAAAACCUAGUGAAAAUCAUGUUUCAUUAAGAGAGAAAGCAAUAAAAAACAUAGCUAAGCGACCCAAUUAUGGCAGGUCAGGACGUCAUACCCAUAUCAUAACAAACUACUUCGAAGUGAAAAGAAUCGCGGACAAAUCGUAUCUCGAGAAAUAUGAGAUCACGAUGAAAUUGGCCACACAACAAAGGGCAGAGGGUGAAGGUGCUCAUAGACGGAAGGCACCUAAACAAUCGAAGCAGCUUUCGGUUAAUGUUCAAAGAUCCAUAUUCCAGCAAUUGGAAAAACAAGAGCGCAAUGGGUGGUUUAAAGGAGUUGGCGUUGUAUUUGAUGGUAACGAGACCAUAUACUCAACCGGCCUUUUAGUUUUGAAAUCUGAUACUGGAACUACAUCGGUUACUUUGAAGGAUGAUCCCGAUUCUAGAGGAGGUUCUAUUGAAUAUAAGGUUGAAGUUAAUAAACUCGACAGAGUAGAUCUAGAAGAAUUAAGGGAAUGUCUAGAGGGGAAAGAGAUGAAGUGGGAAUAUUUUGAUUUAGCUGGCAUUAGAGGCCUCAACGCUCUCAUACAUCAUAUGCCCUCCAUGAGGUAUACGCAAUUUGGAGAGUCUACUUAUCUCCCUUCGACUCGAAAAUCUCUGGGAGGAGGCGUAGAGUUGUGGAUGGGAUGGUUCGAAAGUGUUAGACCUGGUCAAGAUAGUUAUUUCAUAAAUGUAAACACAACUUAUACCGUCUUUUACGAGCCCUUAGAUCUUUCUCAAUUAAUCGCGAGAUACUUGAAUACAAGAUUUGGCGAAGUUCCUGAUAGACUUUCUCAGGAACAACAAAAGCAUAUUAAUGAACUGAUACGGGGUCUGAAAUUCAGACCUCUUCACCGUCCUCAAGUAAAUACAAGAUUCAAGAUAAAAAGACUAUGUCCUAACAAUGUAUAUGAGGUCAAAGUCGAGAUACCGGAGUCUGGCGAAAAGAUUGACAUUUCUUCGUAUUAUAAACGUAAAUAUAACAUAGCUAUUCGAUACAAGCAUCUCGUUGAGACCGAAGGCCGAAGGGCUGAUAAAUAUCCGAUUGAACUUUGCGGUAUUGUUGAGGGUCAGAGAUUCCCAGUUGCAAAAUUGACCAGCGCACAGAGAGGGAAAAUGAUAAAACACACGGCUUUGCGUCCUGGAGACAAUGUCGAACGCAUUAAUGAGGGAGUUCAAAAUGUGUUGCAAUUUGAAAAGGAUUUCAAAUUAAAUGAUUUCGGAAUGAAUGUUGAACAAAAAAUGGUCGAAACUCCGGCACGUAUAUUAAGGCCACCUCAAAUAGCUUAUCACUCGUCAUCCAAAGCUGGUGAAACAGUUAAACCAUCGAAUGGUGGAUGGAACUUAAAGGAUAGGAAAUUUGUCAGAAGUGGAGAGAUGUUACGUUAUUGGGUUGUCGUUGUUUUCGUACGCAAAGAAAAAUUUUCACAUGAAGAUGCUGAACAAUUCAUUAAAGUGCUUGUUAGCACCAGUAAAAACCAGGGAAUGAGUAUUGCAGAAAGCAGGCCCAGAAUUGUCUACGCAGAACAUACCGGAGAUCAAGUUACAUAUCAGCGUAUAGUUGAGCGAGAGUAUUAUAAUGCUCGAAAUGCUUUAAAUAAUGACCUUCAGCUAAUGCUGUUUAUUCUACCGGAUGACGAUGAAAAACGAUAUCGGGCUAUCAAAUAUACUGCUGACACCAUUCUUGGAGUUCCUACGCAAUGUGUACAACUCGAUAAAGUGUCUAAAAAGAACAAGCAAUAUUGUGCAAACGUUGCGCUCAAAAUGAACUUGAAACUUGGAGGAACAAAUCAGUCACUGAAAGAGACAGAGAUACCACUUUUUGAGCAAGAGCCGGUAAUUCUACUUGGUGCUGAUGUCACCCAUCCAACUGGAGGUCGUGCUGGCCCAUCAAGCAUGCCUUCUAUAUGUGCGGUUGUUGGCUCACUUGAUCGUCAAGGCGGCCGUUUUGUUCCCAAAUUGGAAAGUCAAAAAACGAGGCAAGAGAAAAUUGAAAAUAUGGGCGGAAUGGUAUUAGACAUCUUGAAGGAUUACCGAGAAAAAAAUCGUAUUCUACCCAGAAGAAUUAUAAUGUAUCGCGAUGGGGUUUCUGAAAGUCAGUUUGAGAUGGUGCUGACACAUGAAUUAGUACAAAUAAAAGAUGCUUGUAGAAGGAUAGAUAACAAUUACAUGCCACCAAUCACAUUUGUCAUAGUUGGAAAACGCCAUCACACGAGAUUUUAUCCAAAACAAGAAUGCGACACGGACAGUAAAGGUAACUGUGUCGCUGGAACUGUUGUGGAUCGAAAAAUAACACAUCCAUAUUUAUUCGAUUUCUUUUUGCAGUCACACUCAAGUUUGCAUGGAACAUCACGACCGGCGCACUAUCAUGUUCUCUUUGACGAAAACAAAUUUAAUGCUGAUACAUUACAAAACAUGACGCACAAGCUUUGUUAUAAUUAUCAAAGAGCGACACGAUCUGUAUCAAUUUCACCGGCUGCUUAUUAUGCACACUUGGCGGCUAAACGUGCAAGGCUUCAUUUGGAACAACGACCGUGUAGCGAGACCGAAUUCGUUUUGAAAGAAGUUAAAGAAAGUUUAUCCAGAGAACGCGAGUUACCGGGUACUGGGUUAUUGCGCUACACUAUCUGUAGCAAUAAAACUAAAAAUAAAAAAAUAUUCAUAGAAGCUUCUGGAGUCAUGGCAAGGCCAUCAACACUUGCUGACUCAAGUCAGUCUAAUCGUAUUUUAUAUGAUAUUGAUGUUGUUGCUGUAUGGAAACCUGACGACGAGACUUCAGAUCAGGAGUCUGAAUCACAGGUUAACACCUUUACCAACGCUGAUCCGUCCUACUCCCAACUUCCGAGCCGUGUGUUCAAACACGUCACGCAUCGGCUAGCGCGUAGUUUUGAAGGACUAACCAUAUCUACAACUGUUCCUCCUGCUCUGAUACAAGCACUUCCUAAAGUGACAAGUGAAUGGCUGAUGCAACUUUCUCCCGAUGGCAAAUAUUUAGCGGUUUUACAAGAGCAUAAAAUCGAGAUUCGAACCAGUGAAAGUGGCUUCGAAAAAAACCAUGCGAUCUUUAACUCGAAGAGAGAUACGUUUCCGGCCUGGAGACGUCUCGCGUGGAGCAUGGACUCGAAAAUUUUGGCUGCAACGAGAAGCGAUGGCACAGUAGAAAUCAUCAACAAAGACGGACAAUUGGUAUGCGUAAUACUUUCAAGUACUACUUCCGAUUCGGAAAUUGAAUCUCACGGUAGUUCAAGGUUUUUUAUUGAACCUGUGGCUUUUUUGUCAUUUGUGGAUCCCAAACGUGGGUCGAAUAAACCAUUGAACUUCGAGAGGCACACUUACCAGUAUGAAUUGAUUGUCAUCACUUACGAUAGUGUACUGCGUAGUUAUCUACUUAAUACACCUGAAUCUGCAGCAAUUGAUGAGAAUGAUUCUUUGUCUCGACGGGCUAAAGCUAAUGCAACUUAUCCACGUGAGGGAACAUCCGAUCCUGGUUUUUUCACUUUUUACCAUAAAUUCUAUUUUAAACAAUGGCUGAUCACAGUCGUGUGUGGAGUCGUUGCUACCGCCAAUGGUUUUCUACUUUGUCUUGGCGGAGAACCUAAUAGCGAAGAUGGAAAGGUCUCAACUUCAGUGGCAUGCUGGAGGUUGUUACAGGAUAGACCAUUCUAUCACAAGCUAGAGUUCGAAGGAUCCGUGGACGUGUCUAAUGACGAUAUAUCAAAUCUGAGUCAAGGUGAUGACGAUGACGUGGGAUUAUUUUCUCGGAUAAAAAACGUUUUCUCAAUUUGGCGUAAAGUUAAUAAAAAUUUUACUAAUGGGAUUGUCCAUAGCAUGUUUCUUUCACCUAAUCAAAAUUACUUAUUAACUUUGGAUUUUUCGGGAUCUGUUAACCUUUGGGAGUUAUCAUUUUCUAAGGGUGUCGUGAUUGAUCGAUUAUGGAAUCAAUCUUGGUUAAAUUACUUGGCAAGAGGGAGAGAAUAUAAGGAGUUGUCCUUUGAAGAUUUCCGAGAAAAAAUUACGGACGCUGAAAAUGAUGGCGAUGAUGUACCUGGACUGGAAAAUGGAAGAGUCGUGUCGGUGGGAUGGUGGUCGGACAGUGCGCUUAUUUUUGGUUAUCAGAGUGGCUCGGUCAUUAUUGCUAGUCUUCCCGAAAUGGUGAAUAUACUGGGUGAUUCUCCGGAAACCUUCAAAUCUUGCCGCGAGAUCACCAGUCAAUGUAAUAACUGUUUCUUGGUAAUUGAACACGAAGUCAAAAUAAUUCGUGCACGUGUUCACGGUGACAACGUCAUUUCUUACUCGAGAGCUCAAGAAGAAGUGGAGGUAGAGGAUGACGAAUUCGAAGAGUCGCAGUCACCAAUGAGUAGGUUGAUAUCCGCAAUUGCGAAUUCAUUGCACUACAUAACUGACACAGUUCUGUGGCACUUUGAAAGCGAUUCUUCAACUAUCCGCGGUCGGUUUAUAACAAUUCCAAAGCGAACGUUUCGACUUAAUCGCAUAUCCAAAAUAUUGCCACAAGAUUUACUCUACCGUAAAAUUAACGCCCUCGAAUACGAUGAUGCAUUGUUAAUAGCAGAGACCUACAACCUUGACACCGAUGUAAUAUAUCAGGCCCGGUGGCAUGAUGCAGAAAUACAUGAGGUCACAAUUCACGAUUACUUGGACAAGAUACAUGACAGGCAAUGGGUAUUGUCUGCCUGCCUUCAUCGGAUCACGAAUUUUUCUUCUACAAUUCGUCUUUUGUUAAGUUAUGGCCUAGAUCAGACAGAUAUUAUAAAUGAGGUUAUCUCGGAUAAUUUGAAAUCGACCGAUGCCAAUUUAAUUAUUGAGGCCCUCCGAGAACAUCCGUUGGAAGUAGACCCGGAAGUUCAAGGCCUGUUAGUCAACAUUCAACUUUCUGAGAAACAUAAGAUCACCUGUAGAUUUAGGCACUAUUUUUUUAAAUAUUUGGAUAGACUCUGUACUUUCGAGAACAUUGUGAGCGCAAGAACGGAAAGGGAUAUAGAAGAUGGUACCAUGGAUUCUACAGAGGAAAAUGGAGAUUGGGUUUCUUUCGUCGAUUAUCAUUCAACAUUUGCGGAUGACUACGCAGUAUUUCGCGAUGUCAGUAUUGCUGCGCAGGCAAUAGACUUUGCAGCGGACGAAUUUUUCAAUGGACUUCAUAUCUUGUUCACACGCCAUGGUAACGAAACAUUGCCAUACCGGUUCACUAUCUUGGAGCAAAUACCAGAGACCGCGGAUCCAAAUGUUUACGAAUCUUUUCUACCAAGCGUCGGAUCAAAAGAAGGCGAGCUUUAUGAAUGUUUAUGGCACGAGAAACCUUGGAGAGAUACAGAUUGGGUUGAAAAUCCGAAUAUUAAACAACAAAUAUUACUGGAUGAACCAGAAGAACUUGACUUUGGAAUUCCAUUGAAGUCGGUCCAGUAUCCUGCGCCAUCUUCCAUCAUCACUCAGUGGUAUAUUGAUCGUGCACAUAAAAUAGAUAGCGCUUCAGGACAGGUGGAAAAUGCCCUUGCACUUGUUCGCCAUGGAAUAAAAAAGAAUGUUAGGGAUCUAGAAACCUUAGAAGAGGACCUUCACAUGCUAUCACAAUUGGUUUAUGAAUGUUACCCGUCUUCAAAUUUGGGUGACUCAUUAAUGACACUAGAAAAAUUCGAAACACUAUCGGAAUCAGAGAUAGUGCAAACUUUCUUGAGCCAAACCAACGAAAAACGUAUUGUCAAUGAUAUUAAGCAAUAUAUUCUUCCUUUCUUAAAAUUAUUGCCUGCUCGUCGUGUUCGUCAAAAUUCUAAUAAUGUAAAAGAAUCUGCUGCAGAGAACGAUCCCAUGGAACUAUUAUACGAUUAUAUCUUGGAUAAAUUUUCAUCAAAUGCUGAGUGGUGUUGUCUUCUCUUUGAGGCAUCUAAAUCUACCAUGGACAUUGAGGAUCGUAUUAUAACUUCAGAUGAAGAUUUAGCUAGGGUAAUUUUGGCUUGUCUAUAUGGGAACGCCAGUACCAAUGAAUUAAACAUUAUGACACGAAUGUUUGAGUGCUUUCCAAUUUUCAAUGUAGAAACUUCGGAAAUCCACUCUAUCACCACAGAAAUUAACUCGCUUCAAAGUUUUACAUCUUAUGAAUUUCUAAAGAUAUUUAAGACCAAAGACGAGAGUCAGCUUCAGAAUAUCAUCGAUUUUCUAGAAAUUCAUUUGAACGCCGCGGAAAUUCUUUCACGAUAUGAUCAUGUCUUACCGUUGAGAUGGUUUAUUCAAAGUGCAGAUAAUUACACAUUACAGAAACAAUUAUGCAUUAAAUUAACGCGAAAAGUUAAUAUCAACCUGGAGAGUGGUAAGGAACGAUUUGAAAGUGAUGAUGAAUGGCAUCUUUUAUUAGAAGGGAUGCAAAAAAUGCGAGAAAAUGGUAUCCUUGGAAAAAUUUCUACCGAAGAACUUUACAAAGAUUUUAUAUCGGGAUUACUCAGCUGUGGAAAAUUCAGGUUAUCACAAGAAAUUUUGAUACCAACUGACAAACCACAACCCUUGAGCAUUGAAAUCGCUGAACAAUUGGUUAUUGAUGCGUCUAGAGAAUUUUUUGACAAUGCCUCUUCUGGCAACAUGUAUCAUGGUUACAUGAAAAUGGCUUAUGAAUGUCUUCGGAUAUUGCCGGUGACGGACUCGAUAAAGUAUGAACUUGAACUCAUUGAGGCUGCGCAUAUUUUGUCCGAAAAAAAGGUUUGCUAUCAACCCGGGAUCCCGAUACAUCCCAUGCAGAUACGCCUUUCACAGAAUCGCCUAGAUUUAAUAGAACGUUUGUUGAACAUACACAAAACGGCAUAUAAAGAACCACAGUUUAUUAUGGAACUUGCAAUUAAGUUAGGUUAUAGGAACGAUAAAGUCGCUGAGAUCAAAGUAAUGGCCAUGCUCGCGGAUGCUGCAUUACGUGACAGUAAUGUUAGCAUCGCAUAUCGUAUGUGCACAGACCUCACGAGUGUUGUUAAAAAGUGUGGCGAUAAUGACUCCUUGUUUGCCUCGGCGAGUGAUAUCGCGUGGAAAAUUUGUUACGAAGUUGCUAAGCAGGAAGAUUACGAAGAUUUAGAACAAAAAAUGACUCUGAUGGGUUUUGUUUUGGCAUUGUGUCCCAGUGACCAAGCAGUGGAUAUCUUAAAUCUGUGGCGAAAAUUGGAUUACCAACGUCGGGAGGCACAGAUCCUUCGGGCAAAGACAAAAUCUUCAGAAAGGUCGAAAAUAGAAAAAAUAAAACCAGCCGUGGAACGCGUUGAAUCCGUGCUAACGGCGCCACUUCUUCAGGGAGAUCGUUUGAAGAAUUUGGUUAGCAGUUGGUUAGGAUCCGGAUUCUAA